UCACUAGUCACGUUUUUGACAUAGGCAACUUAACCUCACAUUUUAACUUUGGGGGUUUUUUGAUAAACUCCAUUGUAGCCCUAUUUUCCCGUAAUUAAACAAAGAAACCAUGCAUCGCGCCACGAGAUUAGCUCUCAGAUCGUCCGCGAAACUAAAGCAAUGGAGAAGUUUACAUAAAAGCUCCCUAGUGCUCCAAAGUGCAGAAACUCAAGCGGCCGCACCUGAAAAACUCGAAUUUCCCCCACCAAGUGGUGUAGACAAACCAGUGUCACCAAAAAUCGAUAAACUGGCCACCGAAAUAUCCCAACUGAACCUUAUCGAAGUAUCCGAACUGAGCAGUUUAUUAAAAAAGAGGCUUAACCUACCGGAUGCCCCAGUUAUGCCUAUGGGAGCCUUCGCGACCGCCCCUGCCGAAGAAGAGGAAGAAGCUGCCCCUGCUAAAGUGAAAACAACAUUUACAGUAAAACUGAUGAAGUUCGACGAGAAACAAAAAGUGGCCCUCAUAAAAGAAAUGAAAAACCUUAUGGAGGGCAUGAAUUUGGUGCAGGCCAAGAAGUUUGUAGAGAGCAGCCCUGCGGUGGUAAAAGAGGACAUACCAAAAGAUGAGGCUGAAAAGUUGAAAGAGGCCAUUGAAAAAGUCGGUGGGGUAGUGGAGAUUCAGUAAAUUUGUUUUUUUUUUAGAGGUUUUACUGUUAAUGUAGUUUUUAAUAAAUAAAUUAACAUUAAGGUGUAUAGCUUAA